AUGGUGCGUGACCAGAGACAGCAACAAGCAGCACCACCCCCACCACCGCCGCCUCCUCCUACUCCGCCUACUUCCCAAAAGCUUAAGAAGAAGACUAUUAUGGAAUUCAAAAGAUCUGGUCCGUUACUGUUUGAGGGCACUACCAAUCCUGAUGAUGUGGAGGUUUGGGUAGAAGAAAUGGAGAAAGCUUUUGCUGUGAUGAAGUGUAAUGAAGAAGAAAAGCUUAGGUUCGGAGUGUACAUGCUCGAGGGACCGACCAAACCCAGCGAGUACAGAGGAGAACUUCGCAUUCGUCAGGGAAAGGAGUUUGAAUCUUGGGAGCAGCUGAGGAAAGCCCUUUUCUGUAAAUACUUCACCAGAGACAAGAUGGUGCAGUUUGAGAGAAAGUUCAUUAACUUGACUCAGGGAAGAAGAAGAGAUAGAAGUUUUGACAACAAGGGAGAUCGUAUCUUGGGGAAUGGAGGAAGAUCCAAGUCUGAUGUGGGUCAGAAUAAGUCUCAAACAGUGGGUGAGCCGCCAGCUCAGAGAUCCCGAGGAUUGCCACAUGCUUCUUCUCGUUCUGGCCAGAAGAAAUGCUCUACUUGUGGUGGUGUGCAUGACUCUAAGGAUUGCAGGCGGGUUACAGGGGCAUGUUACAGGUGUGGCAGUCUGGAGCACCAUAUUGCUGAGUGUCCACAGAUGCAGUCUUCUGGAGCACAAAGAUCCUCUACAGUUCAAAAUUCUAGAUAUGUACCAGCACAUAAAUCUCAGGGUUCUGUGGGUCAACGUUCAGGAAAGGAGGUAGUCAGUGAGCAACCGUCAUCCUCAACUCAGCAAAAGGCAGGAAGGCCAAAGACACAAGGACGUGUUUAUGCGUUAACUCAGGAGGAUACUCAUGCCUCAAAUGCAGUGGUGUCAGGUAUAUUAUCAGUUUAUUCAACAUAUGCCUGUGUCUUAUUUGAUUCUGGAGCUACACAUUCGUUUAUCUCGUCUGCUUUUAUUCGGAAGCAUAUUUUGCAUGUUACUACUUUUGAGUAUGAUUUGUGUGUUGCCACCCUAGUGGGAGUUGAUAUUGUUCUUAGUAGAGCAUGUGAGAACUGUCCCAUUAUUGUUGCCGGUCAUGAGUUGCUAGCUCGUCUUCAUGUUAUGGGUAUGAUCGACUAUGAUAUCAUUUUUGGGGAAUGGAUUUUUCCGUCUAGAUUUCAUCUCGUAGUUGAUUGUUAUGCAAAAAGGGGUAGUGUUUAA